ACAUCUUUUGGCUUCAGGUGCCUAAACAGACUGUGACUGUUAUCAUAUCUUCUGUUAUUGUUAUUUCAUUUAAGAAGUGAGUUUGCCUUGAUUUAUGAGUGUUACAGUCCCAGUGGCACUGCUUCUCUAUAUAACCUAAUAUCAGACCGCUGUGGUAGGAUCAUAUGUCCUAAACUGUGUGGGUUUGGUGGACUGCACGUGACUCGUCGUCUUUCAUGUAAUGCAGUGUGAAUGUGAAACUACAUUAAAUAAAAGUCCGGUAAAUGAAGCCUGAGCUUUCCCGGUUUCUCAGUUUAGUAUCAUUUGUGAUUUGUCAGAUUGUGUCUGUUGAUGUUCUAAUGCAUGCUUUACUCCUCUGGCUGCAUUUCCUCUUCAGGGCAGCCUCUCGUAGUCGGUCCAUCGCAGGCAGUCGUGGCCACAGUAGGGGAGGAGAUUGUUUUGCCGUGCCACAUUAAACCGGAAAUGGACGCCAGCAGGAUGAGGCUGGAGUGGGCGAGACCUGACCCGACACCCGUGUGGGCAGACAAUAAAGAACACGUGGUUAACAAACAGCCGUCGUACGGAGGAAGGACGUCACUCAUUAUCCACAAACUGGAACACGGGGACGUUUCCCCGAAACUCUCCAACGUGACCGUCUCUGAUGAGGGAACCUACAGAUGCCUUGUUCCACAAGUGGGUCGAGAGGUUUUCAUCAAACUUGUUGUUGGUGAUGCGGCCUCCUUGCCAUUCAUCAGAGUAAUGAACAGAACCAGCAGCAGGGCGGCGUUACAGUGUGAGCCUGCAGGCUGGUAUCCAGAGCCUGAGCUGCUGUGGUUGGACGGUGAGGGAAACCUCCUCUCUGCUGGACCCACAGAGACCCUCAGAGGUCCUGAUGACCUCUAUACUGUCAGCAGCAGAGUGACUGUGGAGAAGAGACACAGCAACAACAUCACCUGCAGAGUCCAACAGAAGAACAUCAACCAGAGCAGAGACAUGUACAUCCAUCUCCUAGGUGAUUAA